AUGCAUCGCGCUAUUGUCGCCAUCAUCGCCGUCGUCUGUUGUUCCCUCGCGUUGAGAGCAACGGCGGAAGAGGCUGUCCAACAGAAUCAACAAUCGCUGGACCUCGGAAACGUCGCUAUUGAAGAUCAGGUCGAUGGCGGCGCGAUACACACCAGGGAAAAGAGAACGCUGUUCUUGAAAAAGAAGCUGCUCGGCGCUGGCCUUCUUGGUUUCGGUCUUGGCGUCGCGAAGGGUUACAAGGCUGGCUACUAUAGCGCGCCGGAAGUGCAUCACGUCUACCUUUCGCCACCAGUGAAAUAUGUGGAAUACGUCGAGAAACCAGUUUAUAUCGAGAGAAUUGUCCCAAAACCUAUUUACAAACCGCACGCCGAGUACGGUGCGCCAGUCUGGUCGCAACCAGACCCAUCCUACGGUGGCUGGUAAAUCCCAAGUGCAGUUCGCAUUACUAACAGCGUACCAUAGUCUGAUCUCCUUGCUUUACCUCGAAAUUCCAGGAACAGCCAAUAAUUGCGCGUGCAUCAUGUUGAGUCUCAGUCAGGUCACCCAACUUUAAGUAUAAGGACGACAAUAAGAUUAUCUUAGCGGUAGUAAUCAAAGAGGUUGUUAUUUUUGUUACCGGUGUUACAGAUUAAUAAAUCACGACCUGUAAAUAUCGUAAGCGUAUUUGUUAUUAAAAUUAUUUACUUCUCCUAUUGCUGUUAAAAACAAAACACCUUUUCAGUGACAAUCCACUAGUUGACAUUUAGGGAGUAGACAUUAGAAAAUCGCACAAGGCUCAUGUCCCGACGGUAAAUCAUUAAAGGGAGAGGAGUUAUGCACGGAACAGGCGCAAAACGAACAGAUUUACGGCCGUAUGAUUAUCUUUAUUGCCGAAGAUGUUACCGAGUAACAUUGAAGUAUUAAUAACGAGUAUAUAAUCGCACACGAUGCGUCUGAAAUAUACAAAUAUCCAACCGUCGCCAUCGAUUACUAUGCUAUGUAUUUAGAUAUUCUUCCGAUAACAUCUUUUUAACAUGUAACAUUCAUACGUGUACAGUUAAGUUCUCUUCUAUUCACACAGCGUAGCGUAGCGAAUAUUCCGCAAUUUUAAGUAUUCAACAGAGAAAUGUAAGCCCGUACUGAUCUGUAAAUAUGUGCCUUAGUAUUGGAACGUAUGAGAAUACACGAUUUGUCCCCCGAGAACCGAUUUCAACCAUUUGCGAUGGUUGCAGAUUUUUCUAGCGUGCUCCAGAAAAGUCAAUCAGUGAAUUGUCACUGAAAACAGCGAAUAGUCACUGAUUUACAGUUAUAAGUAUACCGCUGUGAUUUUUAGUGAUAUACUUACAACUGCAAAUCAGUGACUAUUCACUGUUCUCGGUGAUAAUCCACUGAUUGACUUUUAGAGAGUGUUGAUCUCUUACAAAAGAAUUUUAUUUGUCAUAUUAAAUAGAUAAACGAAACAGUUGUCUUGUCUCUUAUUAAGAAAUUAUAGUAUGUAAAAAAAUAGAAAACAUAGAAACACUCUGAGCAUUCCAGUGUCACUUAAUUAUCUGUGAGUGGGCAUUUAAUGCAUAUUUGCUACGCCACAAAUGAUAACAAGUUAUCAUUGCGAUAAACUGAUAGACAAGCAUCCUUGUGAAAAACGUAUUAACCCUUUGCGCUCCCCCUAUUUUGUGCUCUUGUUUCUUGUUUGGUUUUAAUAGUUUCAUUAUUCUUAAUCGUUUAUUUGUUUACAUAAUAAUGAACAAGUGGAAUUAAAUGGUACGCUAGAUAGCUUAAAAUUCUCGAAGAAGAUACAGUAAACGGUAAGAGUACCUGCUCUUUGGUAAUUAGCGACUUUAAUAAAAACGAUUAGAAUUUUGAUUGAUCCUUUAACUCUUCAUUAUUAUCAAUAUAGCAUUUAACUCAUUAUUGGUAUUUAAGCUUCUUACCGGGUCUUUUAUUAUACAUAUAUUACACAUAGGGAGACAUCAUUGAACUUUUCAAAAGCGGAAGCAGUUGGAAGGAAGUGUGUCAAUGUUAAAAAAAUUUUCAGUGGAAAAUAAGUAAGUAUCGAGCGAGGGCUGUGAAAAGGAAAUGAAGACCGGGCAGCGAAGAGAAGUCAAUCGAGUGUCUCGAGAAAUUAUACAGUCCGUUUGUAGUUUGUAUGCAUUUCGAGGAUGCCUGUCGCACGGAACGCGAAUCUCGCUUCGAGAGGUACAAGCUACUUAUAUACCUAUUUAUAUCUCUAACAUUAGUGGACUACGUGACUACACGAAUUACAUCGAGGUACGUAUAUCCGUUGAGUACGUGGGCCCUGCCACGUGUACGCGUGUUGCGCACGUGUCCUCGAGCUAUGGAAUAUUCACGAAUCCGAUCUUUUUACUUGCGAGAGUAUCGCGCGAAACUCCCGAGAGUUCUUUCUCUCGAUACCCUUACGAAAAAGUAACGAAAUAAUUAUAUACUAGAAAAUUUUUUUAUUACUUUUUUUUAAAUUAAAAUUAUUACUUUUUAUUUUUUAUUAAAAUUAUUACUGUACCUACUCUCCAAAAAUCCAUCGGUGGAUUAUCACUGAAAACAGUGAACAGUCACUGAUUUACAGUUGCGAGUACACCACUGAAAA